ACCUUUUUGUGAACUGGCAGGUGAGAGUAUAAAGACUCAUGAGCGAAGCUGCAUUUUCCCUCAUUCUACGACUUUCUUGACUUCUUGUCUUGUUGUCUUCCUAUUGAUCCAAGAAAAAUAGCUGAGACUCGCCUGAGACUGUGAGCUACUGCUCUUUUCACUCUAUCUUUAUAAUAAAAUCUCUAUUCUAGGGUUUCAAUUCUCUUGUUGGCAUCGAUUCGACAGAGUUCUCUGUUCCUGAACUCUUCGAAGUGUUAAAUUUCCAAUUGGUUUAGAACCAAUGAUCGAUGGCAAUGUCGUCGUUGGCGUACGUAGGAACUACUUUUUCCUCCGAUAAUCUAAAAGGGUUUAUUCUUGCGGUCGUCUCUAGUGCUUUCAUUGGAUCGAGCUUCAGUAUCAAGAAGCUGGGUUUGAAGCGAGCCGGUGCUUCGGGCCCUCGUGCCAGUGUUGGUGGAUACGGUUACCUGUCAGAGCCGCUAUGGUGGGUGGGAAUGGUUGCUAUGGUUGUUGGAGAAUUCGCCAACUUUAUAGCUUACAUUUUUGCUCCUGCUGUUCUUGUUGCACCUCUUGGGGCGUUGAGUAUUAUUGUUAGUGCUGUUCUUGCACAUUUCUUACUGGAGGAGAAGCUGACGAAGAUGGGGAUUCUGGGGUGUGUUCUUUGCAUAGUGGGGUCCACAGUGAUUGUUCUUCACGCACCUGAUGAGAUCACUCUGACUUCGGUAGAAGAAAUCUGGGUUUUAGCAACCCAACCUUCAUUUCUUUUGUAUACAGCAUCAGCAAUCGCUGUUGUGCUAGUGCUGACAUUGUAUUGCGCCCCACGCUAUGGGCAGAGUAACAUAUUGGUUUACAUUGGCACAUGCUCCAUAGUUGGGUCUUUGACAGUGAUGAGUAUAAAAGCUUUAGGCAUUGCAAUAAAACUCACAUUGGAGGGUAAUAACCAGCUUGCAUAUUUCCAGACAUGGAUAUUUGCAACGGUUGCAGUAACAUGUCUCAUUACUCAGAUAAAAUAUCUAAACAUGGCAUUGGAUACUUUCAACACCGCAGUUGUUUCCCCUAUAUAUUAUGCUAUGUUCACUUCUCUCACAAUUUUUGCAAGUGUCAUAAUGUUUAAGGAUUGGUCUGGUCAGAGUGCAAGCAGUAUACUAUCAGAACUCUGUGGACUUGUCACUGUGCUAUCUGGGACCUCUAUAUUGCGCAGUACCGAAGAUCUGGAUCCAACCCCUAUUACAGAUUUAUAUGCACCACUUUCACCAAAAAUGUCAUGGCAAGUCUAUGGGGAAUUAUCAAAGCAUAAGGAUGAUGAUGAGCUGACCCCAGAUUUUGUUACCAUUUUUCGACAAGACUAUUUCACUUAGAUGAAUUUCAGGGAGCUUCCAAUUUCAUCGAAUACAACUUGCUGGUGGCUCUUGCAAGCACAGAAGUAGUUGCUGAAAGCCUAUGGUAUCAUUGUAUAUAUUGGGAGAUGAAACUGGCAGUUCAAAUCUGAUUUCUUCAUCCACUCAGCAACUCUAUGGUUGCAGCUACGGGGUCUUUGUAUACUUGCAAGGCAAGUUUAUGUGGUCAUUUUUCUGCAAUCUGGAAUCCAACCAGCUGUGCAACUGACAGCAGGUUAUCUUUUGCAGCACAGGUAGCAAACUUAGCUGUAUUUUUUGGGGAUGGCCUUCACUUUCCUUUGAUCUUGCACAUGACAUCAUUUGAUUCUUUUGUUGUAUGAGUCCAGUUACUGGUUUGGGUAAUGAUCUAAUCCCUGCCUUUAUAGUGUGAGACGAAAAGAAUGAUUGUGCAUUUCUGAAUGAGGUCUCUACCACGGGAUGAUAAGAUGUAGUUUUGAGUGGAAAGUAGAAUGAUAAUUUUUUUCGUUGUCAAUAAACCUGAAACUGCAAUCAUUUCAUAACGUUACUCAA